UCAAUAUCGGAAGCCAAAACUCAAGUGCCAACUGUAAAGGAAAUUCUACUAGGGCAAGUUACUACUUCGCAAUAUAUUCUCAACACUAAUUUACGCGACAAAAAUGUUAAACAAGCAGAUAAUCCUAUUAUUAUAGCGACAGCUAUGUACAUAAAUAAAUCACAUGACGAAAAGAUCGGAAAUGAUAUUUUACCGCUUACACCUAAAACGAAUGGUGAACUAAUCGUUCAAAAGAUACCUAAGUCUAACAUUAUUACCAAAAAAGAAGAAAUUAAGAAAAAACCUCUUCCCAGGCGCAAAGGUACUCUAAAGGCUACUUAUGGUGACAAACAAGACAAAUUCUUCAUAAAAACUAAAUCUAAUAUGAAUAUCACAGUAGCAAGUACUACUGCCCCUUUACCCCAGGUCAAUAUAUCGAAAUUACCAAUUAAACCUAUAGCACAUCUGUACACAAGUGAUGACGUUAGUGCAGUUAUUAUAAAAAAGAAAUCAGACAUAAAUACAGAAAUACCGCCACUUAAAACAAUCCACCCAUUUUUUGGGUAUUUGUCUAAUGUAACACUAUUGCCUACUUCUGCUUUAACCAAAUCGUUGGCACCACAUACUAUAACUGCAAUAACUAACAAAAACAUUAAAACAAUGCACGACAGAACUAUUAAACCUAAAACCAAAACGCAAUUAAAGAAGCCGGCAGUUAAAACGACUUACAAUAUCUCAGAAAUUAGUGCAAAAAAUGACACUGCUGACGAAAGCCAGAUAAAUAACACAAAGAAUAAAAAUGUUUCACUAGACAAAUACUACACAAAGACAUUAAAAUCGAUCAAUAAAGAAAUCCAUAAAAUACCAUCCACACCAAUAUCUGAGACUUCAAAAACUUUAGCUGGAGUACCUAAAGCAGAUAUCGCUCCAGAAAAUCGGGGUGGUUUUGAAAUUUUGGAUAAAAACAGUCUGUGGGAACUCCUAAAGGAAGGCCCUGAUACUGAAGCCUCCAAAUUAGAUGAUAAGUUACAUGUGCAUAACAGACUUAAUUCCCUGGCACAAAACAUGUCAAAUUCAACUCACUUUGAGCAAAAAGGUGAUCAAGAUGUGUCAAAUGACAAUCGGUCAUUAUAAACUUUAUUGUUAUAUAUUGUGUAAGGCACAAAGAUGUCAGCGUAAUAGGCACAAAGAUGUCAGCGUAAUAUUUUUGUAACACACUGAUGCCAUUUAGCUUAUCGAAACCCUGUACUGAAUUAAAAUUGUUAUUAAUAAUUGGUGUUCCGAUCGAUAUGCACUCAGAAACUCCUGACGCACUCAGUCUUAUUGUUGAUUGUUAGAACGAUGUAUUUUGCACUCAUUGUUUAUAUACUUUAGGAAGUAAAUGUGUGUCAAUGUAAAUAUUAAGAAUAAGGUAUUUUAACAUUAAGAAGCGCGCUGUGUGACUUAAAAUUAAGUAAAAUCUGAGAAUACUAUGAUUUAUAAUCAUUGCUCAAAGCCCUAGAUAAGCUUUUAUUUCGUUUUCUGUAGUCUUUUAGAUGUUAGCUUUGCCAAACUAAAAUUAACUGUCGCUUCGUAGUGUUCCAGGAAUCUAGAGUAAACGCUGAAAUGAAUAGAGAGCUAGGAUUGCUAAUGACUCGUAGAGCGACAGAUCGUCGUUUUUCCCGGUACUAACGAUAAUUUUAGAAUUUAUAUAGAUCUAUUUACCCGGUUGUAAUCUUAGUCCUUAAAAUAGAUAUUAUAGUUUGUAAAUAUCAGAAGCCAAACUGAAAUUAUUGUGACUGUAACCUGAAAUAAGAUUAAUUCCCAAUGAGUUUUCUUAGUCUUACCUUUUAGUAUAAAUAUAAAAAAUAGUGUCCUAGAGAAUGUAAUUAAUGCUAACGCCCCAGAAUCUCCAUCCGUCUAAUCUAUCGUCUUCUGUAUCUAUUGUAUGUAAAAUGUAGUUUCUUACCCUAGCUGUAUUUGUUUGAAAUUGUAAAUUAAUAACGCUAUAAAAGUAUCUAAUUUAUUAGGUACAGUCGCUACCAGCUAUAUCGGAACUGCGAAAGCGCUCACAAAUAUCGGAACACGGACUCUAUCCGAUCCGAUAUCGGAUGUAGGACCGAUAUCCUAUACAUUUAAGCCGCCAUCUUUGAUUUUUGCCUUUGAAAUCCUUCCGAUAUCGGAUCGGAUAAUGU